AUGGCCAUGGUGGCCUCUGGCGAACUGGCAACGGCCGUUCCCUUGGAGUCAUCGUCCGCCUUCACCACCAGAGACAUGGAUCGUCCUCGAUUUGGGAACGUCCCGUAUGGCGUCGACAUCACCCACUGCACCGUCAACGGCAAGGUUGCCUUGACGUUCGAUGAUGGCCCCGGAGAGUACACUGAGAAGGUUCUUGAUACCCUUGAGAAGAACGGCAACAUUAAGGCUACAUUCUUCCUAGUCGGCACGAACGGCAACAACGGCAUCGCCAACUCGGCUUACACCCCUCUUCUCAAGCGCAUGCUAGGCGCCGGCCACCAGCUCGGCAGCCACUCGUGGAGCCACAAGGAUUUCAACACAAUCUCCCGUGAUCAGCAGGUUGAGGAGCUUCUCAAGAACGAAGAGAUCUUCGCCAAGACUCUCGGCAUGGUGCCCACCUACUUCCGCCCGCCCUACACUCACUGUGAUGACAAGUGUACCUCUACUCUCAAUGAUCUGUCCUACCACGUUACCGACUAUAAUCUCGACACGAAGGAUUGGGUUGACGACGGCGCCAACUCCAAGCAGACCUACUCCAGUGCUAUCAACUCGGCAACCCCCGCUAGCUCCUCCUUCAUUGCGCUGUCCCACGAUAUCCACACCUUCACCGUCAACGGCUUCGUUCAAUACAUGAUCGACGUUGCUAAGGAGAAGGGCUUCGAGUUCACUACAAUAGGCGAGUGUCUUGGUGACCCAGUUUCCAACUGGUACCGCGACCCCAAAAGCGGUGAGCCCUGGAGUGGCAAGGAGGAGCCUAAGCCCACAACGACCAGCAAGUCUGUGGCCCCCGCCACUACAUCUACCAAGGAGACCACAUCCACCACGGAGACCCAGGCCACGGCCUCGACGACUGAAUCGGAAACAGCGAAGCCUUCUGUGACUGGCAAGACCGCUUCCGAGACCGAGGAGCCUGAGACGGAGACUGAGAGUCCCACCUCGACCGGCGCCAGCCCUCCUACCGCCACCCGGACCGUCGACGGCGGCGCCAACAUCGGCAUCCCCGUGACACCUACCGGUACGACCGCUACUCCGAGACCCACCAGCACCAACACUAUCGUCGAGGUCAAUGCCGCCGGCCGUGCCAUCUUGUCUGCCGGUGGUGCUCUCGCUGGUGUUCUGGCAUGGGCCAUGAUGAUUUGA